CCCCUGGGGCUGGGUCCGCCGGGGGCUUCCCCCGCUGGUGACGUCAGGAGGGUUCCCUCCCCGCGCGGACGCAGCCCGGCCGCCCAGUGCCGCAGCCAUGGCCGAGGCGGCGGGGAGCGGCGGCGGCGGGUCCUGGAAGCGGCACAUCGUCCGGCAGCUGCAGCUCCGGGACCGGGCGCAGAGCGGCCGCUUCCUGGACGUGGUGCAGGCCUAUACCAAACUGUUGGAAAAGUCCAGCUUGCUGGUGCAUUUCACAGAGAAGCUACAGGCUGAGUCCUUUGCUCUCCAGACCCCUAGGUCAGGGCGGGAAACCAAUGGCUCCGCGCUGGAACCGGGCUCGAGCUCCCCAGAAGCACUGCAGACCCUGAAGAUCAAGUGCCAGGGGCAAAUUGCGGAGAUGAAAGGCGUCAGUGGGGAGUUGGCGUAUCGAAUUAUUGAACUGAGCAAAUUACUCAAGGCCAAAGACUGUAAACUGCUGGAGCAGAGAACAAGGCUGGCGUCCCUGAGCGGGCAGAUCUCUGAGCUGAAGGCAGAGCAUCAGCAGCUGAAGGGCCGGGCGGAGGAUCUGGGCAGCGGGAACUGUGCCAGGAAGGCGGAAUACGACGUGCUUCGCGAGCAUUACCGGCUCCGGGACGGGGAGCUGCGGCGAGCGGCCGAGAAGGAGCAGGAGCUGAUUGAGAGCCUGGUGCGGAAGAAAGUGAAGGCGGCCGAGCACCAGAACAAGAAGAACGAGAG